AUGUCGGGGGAUGAGAUUGGAGAGAACGAGCGAGGUGGCUUGGUUCAUUUUGUAAAAGGUAUAGCUAUUGCGAUUCUUUCAGCUCAGCUAUGUUUAGGUGAAGAAAAUAUGGGUAUCGCAAAGCAAAAAUUGUGA